AUGUCGCUUUAUCCUGCUAGUGCUUACCACCUUGCUCUAGUACUCCUAGACUCGCAUAAAGGCAGUUGUACUACCGCCAAGAGGAGCUGCACCCCAUUCAUCCCCCAGGAAAAGGCUAUGUGGAUGCGCCUCAAAGUCGCGACUGUGGCGUUCUUUGCGUUCUUCCUCGCCUUCGUGACGCUAGCUGACGGCAUGAAGCUGAAUGUCGACGCAACAACAGAUUGUGACUGCAAAGUUAAAGUAGGAAACACGACACUCGGAAACACCUAUAAUGACCGCGAGGUGGCAGAAGUAAUCAAGCGGGGGCAAGACUUGGAAAAGAGAGGCCAGACAAUUGGGUAA